AUGUUUAGAACCAUUUUCAAUCCUUGGAGGGAAGUUGAAAGAUCAAAAGCCACCUUUUAUUCCUAUGUCGGAGCCUCUGUUCAUGCCAUCCUUGUCAUGGGACUUUGUGGGCAUCUUGCCUACAUUGCAUUUCAACGACCUCCACAGGGCAUCCCGGACCCACUUGUUGCAUUUUUAGAAGCCCUCCCUGCUGCUGCCCGACCAUAUUUUGAAAUCCUUGCUAAUGUCUCAAAGGAGGAUCCCCUGGAUCACGUCAGAAAUUUGAACCCCUUAGAGAAUAUCGAUUGUGACCGAAGAAUAGCAGGUGAUCUCGAUAAUAUCAUACAAUCAUGGAUUCUGAGCAACAUUUCAUAUGCCCGCCUGGAACUUGCGUACGUUUUCCCACUUACAUGGCUCGAUUACAUCAUAAGUGUGGCGAAAGUGCUCUUUUUGCUCAUGCUCAAUGACUUUGCUCUCCUUGCACUCUACAUUAAUAGGAGCGGACAUGUCAUUUUUAUCCACUUUGCGGGCCUACUUCACGUAUUGGCAUCCUUGGUGUUAGCAUGUAUUUCCAUAGCGGCAUUUUUUGGUAGUAAAAACAGAUGCAUUGCAGCUCCUUACGCUAUUGCUUGUGCAUAUUUGUUGUUAGUGGGGCUUUUUUACAUUAAAGCUGCCUGGCUGACAUUUGUUAUUUCAAGUCAAUUACAGUUGGAGGAAAGCAAAUUCCAAGAUAAAGCGAAUUCCCCAGACGAAGAGAAGCCAGUUGGUAUGAAUCCACACAGACCAUCAACAACACCGCUUCCAGGGUCCGAGAAACGGCGCAAAAAGGAAGACCAUACCUUCUAUCAAUGGCUUAUUGAAUAA